AUGAUCCUCACUAACCCAGCGCUCCUGCACUACAAGCGCAUGACCGGCCUCCAAGAGUACCUCCGGCAGCGCAUCCUCGACUCCCGAGCCUCGUCUCCCAGCACAGCAUCCCCUUCCGCACCCCUUGCCCCAGCAAGCACACUCUUCAUCUUCGAGCCAGCCCCCGUGUACAUGCUCGGACGAUCCGCCGCCACAUUUGACAGCACCAAAACCGCCGAGCCCUGGUGGACGCUCGUCACUUCAGUUAUGCGGAAGACCAGCUAUCUUAGCCGCGCGCAGGAAGCGAUACUCACCGACGAGCUGAAGAUCUGGUCGCGCCGCACCAAGCGCGACGACGACAGCGAGAGCGCAAGCACGAGUCCCGGCCCCGGUGCCCGAGGCGCGCGGGGAAAAGCCAGGCAGGACAGCACCGCCACCGAAUUCAAGGCCGAGGCCGACCUCACCGAGUGCGAGGACCGCCAGCUAAGCACGUACUACGGGCCCGGCCAGGAGGUAAUAUAG